CUAGAGUAGUAUGACCGUCCUCAUCAGUACCGGUAGCACUCACACAGCUACUAGCUAGUACUCUAAUAAUAAAUACCAGUCUAUGGCCAGCUGCCCAUUGGAAAGUGCUUUUAUUCUUUGCUCACAAAUCCAUCUGUUCGACCAGCGCCACCUCAGUUUUCUAGACUAGUACUAGUAGUACCCAAUACUUUCUUUUCUCGAAUCAAGACAAGAUGACGAUUGCAUCUCUCUCCAUCGUUGGGCAACACCGCACAGGCGCCGAGACGAAAGUGAUGCAGAUCUUUCUGAGUGCGCCAAAGUCGGUUCGUCAAUUUUUGGACAUGCGGUGCUUGGAAUCCGGACGGCGGAUUCGUUGGCCCGAUAACGUACCCGUCGCAGCUUCGAUCGACGGAGGCCAAGAUACUCAUGGCGUCGACCUCUACUUGCUGUUGUCGUGGAUGGAGGAGAGCUUUGGGCCAAUGUUUCAAGUCGCCACAGAAAAAAACGGAAAUGUCAUUUACCUGUUCCGGAGUGCUGCGCCCGUGCACACCAUCCCUUGCAUGUAAGAAACUACCACAAAGUAUCUAUCGUCGCACCAACCCGUACCCUUCUUUUAUUAAUUAGUAUUACAUGUAUACAUGCCAUAUAGAAACAAGACAGUUAAAACCUUUGCA